AUGGGUCAACUCGACAAUGGCAGCUGGAUGUAUCCAGAGGACGCUGUAACAAGCGACAACGGCAGAAACGUCCUCAAGAUCGAAGAUGACGGCAGAAUGUGCAUCUACUGGGACGGCGAGCAAGUGUGGGGCAAUACGGAUGAAGGACGUGAUGAUAUCAAGGGUCUUGUCUUGCAAGACGACGGUAACCUUGUCCUCUACACCCACGAUGAGGAGGCUACCUGGGCUUCCAACACUGAGGAGCACGGCGAUGAGGUUUACUUGCGCGUGCAGGAUGAUGGAAACGUUGUGUUGUAUAAGGGUGAGGGUGAUGAUGCUGAAGCUGUCUGGGCUAGCAACACCAUGCAAGCGGCUGAGGAAGAGGAGGAGGAGGAAUAA